CACACUCAGAAUGAAUUUCUCUUCGCUCAAGCUCAGUUUGUGCUAUAUGAUGAUUAUUUAUCCACAUGUAUGUUAAAACUUCAUUUUUCUGUGAUACGGUGCAAUUCCAAUGACCAUAGUUGACUUGUUCUUGUAUAGAAAUCACCCAAUUAAUACACAAACAAAUGAUGAAGUUCUGUAAGUAAACAUUCACACAUUUUACUGAUUCAAAUCAAAUUAAAAGUAUCCUGCUUUAGGGUAACUAAAUUUUCAUUUGUUGUGUUCACUUACAUAUAUAUUUCAAGUAGUUUUGUCUUUGUUUCAAGAAUUUCUAUGUACAAUGUUCUUGUUUCUACAUGCAUGUAUUUGACUGUGAAUUAUUGUUCUAAUAAGUGCUACUUUGUUAUGUUUAAAAACUAUAUAUUGUUCCUUUCCAUGCUGUAUAUUUAGCAAUUUUUAUAUAGUUAGAAUAUAUACACACAAGCUCUCAGACUUUUACAUAUCGAGGACAUGUAAAUUGUAUGCAUUUUUACAUUUCUUCCUCAACAUAAAAGAAUACUUUUAUGUUAUAUGUUUUACUUUGACAUUCCUUUAAGAGUAUAGUCAGAAUACUAAUGGAGGGAUCAGUUUACCAUUUCUUUACCAUAUCUGGUUUUGUUUGUAAAAUUACAAUGUGUACAAUUCAUACAUGUGCUUUUAGUUUGCUUGUGGUAAUUAGGGCUGCCCUUCGCCUGAAACGAUUCAUAUUGUUUUGGGCAUGGCCAGUCAGUCUUUUUUGUGACAAAAUCUUGUGUCUCUCAUAUCUCUAAUAUUAAAUUAGCCAUAGUGAUGUAACUGUAAAGGAAUGCUAGGCAGCAUUUGUCAGAUGUACACCUGGGGAUUUUGUGUAGUUGCACCGAGUAAUUAGUAAUGGCCCUCGACUUAGUUUAAACAACCUAUAGAGCAUGCAAUUGUGUGUCAUGCGUAUCUCCAAAAGUAUUUAAGCUACAACCAUGAAAGCUUACAAUAAUGUUUAUCAGCAUCCUAGCAUGUGAAUACGGGGAAUCGAACCUGCAACCCCUGGAUUGAUAGUCAAGUGUGUUACCAGUAGACCACAGAUCCGCCACAGCUCCAGGACGGUAUUCAAUCUCAUUCUUAUCCUUGGAUUCUUAUCUUGAAUGUAAGUGAAAUCUUAUACAUGCGGUUAUUGAAUACAUCCCCAAGGGUUACGUAGUACAUGUAUAUGUUAAAUUACGUAUGUGCAGUUACACUAGAUUUUAUCAUAACAAAAUUAUGCAUGUAUAGGUUUAAGUAUAUUUUAUUUUCAGAGAACAUUUAUAUGCUAUAUUAUACAACAUACUGAAUAUGAGGAUUGGUCUGGAUGAAGAUGAACAACUUCCAUGUAUAAGAGCCCUUUCUAACGGUUGAUGAAUUGCAGGAUUUGGACGUACAAAUUAACACAAGUCAGUUUUCAUCGUUUAUGUGGUUACGUAAAACCAAAAUAAGUUAAAUCAUAGAAUAUAAUGUACAUUACAUGUAUUGCGGUAUGAUGAAGAUUUGUAUUAUUUAGUAUUAAGUGAUAGGUUGGAUCUGAAAAUGUAUUAAGGUAUAUAUUACUGUCUUUUUUUCUAGGCAGAUAAUUGGUAUGGGAGUUUUGAAAGAAAUGUCUUAGCAAUUGUGAAUGCGAUUUUUUGCACAUAGAAUCAGUCGCCAUAUUCAUGACAAGUAUCUAUCAUGUGUUUCCGUACGGAUAGAAAAAUCCGACCCGAGUGCACGCGCGUACGCCAGUAACGAGGCUUGCCGAGUUACCGGCCACGCAGCGUGCCCGAGGGUCGGGUUUUUCGAUCCGGACCGGAAAAACAUGAUUGAUAUUAUUUCUUGCAUAUAUCUAAAAUUAUCAAUUUGUGGGGAAAAUUGACUUAGAAAUCGCACUUUUGUACAUUUUACCAAAAAGCGCGUGCGAUGUUGUUUACUGACGUCAUAAAGCGCAGUAAUUUUAAAUAACUUUUGACGUCAAAUAGUUCCUCUAAAUAUCGCGUUUUUACGAUUAUUUAUUUUCUAUCUAAAUUAAAAGUCUUUCAUACUUAUAUAUUUAAUUGUGCUUUAUUGAAAUGACAUAAUAUACUUUUCAUAAACCAUUCAAUAAAAGAAAUAAGAAGUGGCGCGUUGUUGGGCGUGACUCAUUGUGUACACACCGGUCUUACUGACCUGUGUGAAAGCACUCUAAGCAUGAUGGGAACGCACUACUUUUUCAAGAUGGCGGCUUAAACACGGAAGUGUCAAAUUUAUAAAAUUGUAAAGUGAAAAACAAUUCAAUUUAAACGCCGUUUGUGUGAUCUACUGCAGAUAUUGAUAUUAUUUAAUUUAUUUAACUGUUCUUUUAUUGUAUUUGGUGUCAAUAUUAAGCAAACAGAAGAAACAAGAUAAUCACAUGACUGUUCGGUUAUAACUGAAAGUAAAGUGUAAAGUAUUUUAUUUCGGAUUGUGUUCAUAAAAUACAAAAGGACAGCAGGUUAUUCCAUGGGCUCUUGCGUGAUGCACGGAUUGUUUGCGGCGGUGGUGCUAGCGGUGUGGAUGGCGGCGGGGGAGGCGGUCACGCCGCCCCGGAAGUAUGUUGUCAACUUGGACCUGCCGCCCACCAAACGCUGGCAGGAAGUGGCACUGGACCACAAGCAAAUUGUCCCGGACGUGCACAAAGUUCUCCUUGAAUACGUGCCUGAAGAGCUGGUCCCCUACAUCGACCUCAUAGCCACGGAUCUGGACGCAUACAUCGACCAGCCUUACGCCGACGAAAUGAGGGGUAUCGCUAACGUGCUGAACGUCAGUCUUGGAGAAAUCCUUCUCAUCAACGUAAUCUACGACCUCACCGCGUAUUGCACGAGUAUCGUGUCCCAGGACCAAGCAGGAAUGAUCUGGCACUCCCGUAACCUUGACUACAGCUUCACUGACAUGCUAAAGAAUAUCACCAUACAGGUCGACUACCAGAGGGGAGGACAGACGGCGUACAGCAGCAUCACGUACGCGGGUUACGUGGGAAUCCUGACGGGCCAGCGUCCCAACGUAUUCACCGUCACUGUCGACGAACGAGACCAGGGUAUCCCUCUAUGGAACCUAAUAGUGGCGCUGUUUGAUAGUGACGUUGUCCCCGUCUCCUUCCUCGUCAGAGAUGCGUUAGACGCCGACAAAACGUUUGAGAAUGCAGUUAGCCGCUUUGCCUAUACACCGACCGCCGCCGACGCCUACUUUAUUCUGGCCGGCGUGAACAAGGACGAGGGUGCCGUCGUCACUAAGGGCCGCCUCGCUGCCGACGACAUCUGGAGGCUAAAUUCAACGAAUAACAGGUGGUACCUAGUGGAGACCAACUACGACCACUGGAAGCCGCCACCACAGGCAGAUGACCGGAGGGACCCGGCCAUCAAGGCGAUGAACGCGAUGGGUCGCCCAAACAUCUCUGUUCAGAACCUCUUUAACGUCAUGUCCACCCCACCAGUACUUAACAAGGGAACAACGUAUACUGUUGUGAUGUCGGCGGCCAAGCCCAGUCUCAUGCAGGCCUGGAUCCGAGAUUGACCCCAACCCUUUUACCGUCUCACCCCCGGGAUGUCAGUUCCAUAUAAAACGCACUGUUAUAUACUUAUACAUAUAUAGGAAUUAUGUGAACAAACUUUUAAUUUGUACACAGUGUUGGAUGUAAUGUUAUUUUGUGCGAAAUAAAAAACAAAAUCCAUAUCGCGAUAAACUGAUAU